ACUCACUCGCCUCCCUAGUUUGGGUAUCACUGAAUCUUAUGUAAAAUUUGACAUUUUCCACUUACAGGAUAACCUCAACUUGUCAGUCGGUGCCCCGUACGUCUAUCCGAAAACCAAUUUCAAAAUGGCUGGAGAAGAAGCAAAGCUAACUGGAUUGUCGAAAAUCUUCAACGGCACCACAAUGAGCGGCCGAGCCAACGUUGCCAAAGCGACUUAUGCGACAAUUGGACUCCUGAUCCUGUACGCCACCAUGAAACCCAAGAAGAAGUGAAUUAGUCUAUUUUGGAAGUAGGAAGCUUAAAUGUGCAAAACCCUAAAAUUUAAGGAUGUGAAAUAAAAGAUAUCAAAUGUG